AUGGCUUCUUCUAGCUUUCUAACCAUUGGCGUCCUCGUACUUUUGUUCACCCUGGCUCUUGCUGGCCCGUACCCGAGAGACAGAGUUGAUCGGCUACAAGAUGCUGGCAUGAGGAAGCUCAAGGCGCAUCUGGCUCGCCAUCCGCCAAAGUCUCGUUGCACGCUCAAAAACGCCGUCAAGCGAAAGGAGUGGUCUUCACUCACGCUCGACGAGAGACUUAGUUACAUCUCGGCUGUGAAGUGUCUCGCGUCGAAGCCGCCGAAAUACUCCCCAUCGGUUGUUCCCGGCGCAAGAAGUCGUUACGACGAUUUCGUAGCCACCCACAUCCAGCAAACCAUGAGCAUCCACGCAACGGCCAACUUCUUGUCAUGGCAUCGAUACUACGUCUGGGCAUACGAGAAAGCACUGAGGGAAGAAUGCGGGUACAAGGGUUACCAACCGUAUGAACACUGGCCAUACUAUGCCUCCGAUCCCCUGAGCUCUCCGGUUUUCAACGGCAAUGAGACAAGCAUGUCUGGCGACGGGUCCUAUGUCCCUCAUCCGGGAGUCCCGUUCGGCACUCUGACCAUCCAGCCGGCUAACGGGGGAGGCUGCAUCAUGAGCGGGCCGUUCAAAGACUUCAAGACGAACCUCGGUCCAUUAGCCCCGGUCCUCACCGACGUCCCGCCCAACCCCCGUCAAGACGGUCUGGGAUACAAUCCCCGCUGCCUCCGUCGCGAUAUCAACCCCAACUCGUCCAAGUUUACGAGCGAGGCUCAUACCUACGACCUCAUCACUCAAAACCCGGACAUCUACUGGUUCCAGACUGUGAUGCAGGGCGAGAUGGAAAAGGGGCAACCUGGCGUCCACGGGGGUGGGCAUUUCACCAUUUCCGGUGACCCUGGCGGCGACUUUUUCAAUUCCCCUGCUGACCCAGCUUUCUUCCUCCACCACGCCAUGAUUGACCGCACCUGGUGGAUCUGGCAGAUGCAGGACCUCAACAAGCGCUUGAAGGCGGUGUCCGGAACGAUUGGGCCGAUGGGCGUCGGGGUGAACGGCACGCUCAACGAUGACGUUGACCUGUCGGUGAAUGCUCCGAAAGUCAAGUUGGGUGACUUGCUCGACACGAUGAACGGCCCUUUCUGUUACAUCUAUGUGUGA